AGAUAACUUUCCGGGGACGUGAGGGGAAGAGGGCGGAGGGAGAAGCUUGACGGGCUGAGAGAGAAAACGGCUCGUGGAGGCCGGAAGUAGUGAGCGUCGCCUUCUGCCACCUCUCCCUCGGGAUCCGUUAAACGGCCGAUUCCGCUUCUUCGAGCUCGACUUUUCCUAGUCCGCCCGCGGCCGUUGCGUCGGUUGGCUCCACCCCUCCCUCUGUCGCCCAUGGCCGAGUUCGAUCUGUUCGGCGCGCCCCAGCCGGCGGGCAACGGGAUGCUGGGCGGCGGGGAGGAAGACCCGGCCGCCGCCUUCCUGGCCCAGCAGGAGAACGAGAUCGCGGGCAUCGAGAACGAUGAAGGCUACAACAUCCUUCAGAACGGCGAAGGCUUCAACAUCCUGGAGAACGGCGAGGUGCCGGCGGGGAUGCAAGGCGCCGAAGAUGCUGUUGAUGGAGUGAUAAAUGGUGACUUCAACCAGGAGAGCAACGGUCCAACAGACUGCUAUGCGGCGAUUUCACAAGCUGAUCGCCUGCAGACGGAACCGGAGAGCAUCCGCAAAUGGAGAGAAGAACAGCUGGAGCGCCUAGAGGUUCUAGAUGCAAACUCUCGAAAACAAGAAGCAGAAUGGAAGGAGAAAGCAAUAAAAGAAUUGGAAGAAUGGUAUGCAAGACAGGAUGAACAACUACAGAAAACAAAAGUUAACAAUAGGGUGGCAGAUGAAGCUUUCUACAAACAACCCUCCGCUGACGUGAUUGGUUAUGUCACAAACAUAAACCAUCCUUGCUACAGCCUAGAACAGGCAGCCGAAGAAGCCUUUGUGGGAACGAUAAGCGUUGACGUCAUCCUCCCUGGCACCGAAAGUGGGGAAACGCGGUAAUGGCUUCGCUUCUGUGUGACUUUAACCGAGAAGUCCAGCAAGCGAGGCUAUGGGCGAUUUGUCCCUUUAUCGCUCCCGUGGCUGGGAUUUUCCCUCAAGCAGGCUCCAUUGGUUCGCUGAAGGCCGGGAAGGCACCCGCGACAUGACACGACAAAUGCAAUACCUUUACCUUUACUCAGAGAAGCUGUGUUUGCAGUAAUUGGAUUAAUUAUGUUUCAAUGUUCUUUUUGGACCAAACCUCACGGUGUAUUUAGAGUUUGAUCAUUGUUUGUGAUUGCAUGUUCCUUCUCUCCGUAUGUGUCCUUCCAGUAUUCCAAAUUGGGAGGAAACUUCCAGACAUUGUAGUCUUGGUGGGCUCAAACACUGAGAUUUCAUGAUCAGCUGUAAACAUAUUAAAGGCCUGUUUCAACUGCUCUUUUUUUCCCUGUGUGGGGCUAAAUAAAAUAAGCAACUUUCCACAUGCAGGUCAUGGGCCAGCAGGUUCAAAGUUGCCAUGGACACUUGUCGGUAUGCAUUUUUCUCCCUUGCGGAAAGCGGUUCUUGAGAUGGUUCAGCUUCAUCGAUGAUAGACUGCCUUCUAAAGGGAGCCCUUUUUCCUAUUGGGUUACCUUGUAUCUGUAUUAAGUUCCCCACACACUUGCAGACCAAAUCUCAACAUCUCCGCCAUUGCAUGCCCUUUCCCCUGUCUGCUCUGUUAUCACCGCUGGUCGCGGUGUCUUCCCUACGGUUGUAGCUCCAGUGGGAGCUGCUCUAACCUUUUAUUGAGGUAGAUGGCCAAGGGAUCUUGGUGCACGCCCACCUCCCAUCUGUCAGCUUAAUUCUGCUGGUACAGAAGAGGAUUAGAUGCGGCCCAAAUCAAUUGUGUGUAUUCGUGGGGGAAGAAUAAGGUUAACAACCCAUGGAUUUGCAAGAUACAUGUGCUACAGUGGGGUGGGAAAUUAAUGCAUAGGGUUGAUAAAGCCAAGGCUGGAUGGCUGCUUCACUUUCUGCGGUACAAGAAGGGAUUUUUCAACUUCGGAUUCUGCCAGUGCAACAUUUUGGUGGUGAAAUGAUGCUGCCUAUGCAGUUUCCCUUAAACUUGGCUCACCUGCUCGUGAUGCCUAUAGGAUAAUUCCUCUUCCGUUCAGUGGACUCAGGGUGCUUCUGCUGUUUCCGGGAACAAAGUCAGUUAGACUUCCAGCGACUCAGUGGAGCAGUUGGUGUAGAGUGCCUGUGUGUGUGUCACAUGAGGGCCGGGGAGAUCUGGAUUCAAACACUGGGCUCAAAACUAUUUGGGUUUGAAGCUCCAUAAAAGUGGACCUCCUUACUUUCAGCCUAGCGUCUCUCUCAGUAUUAGGAUAAAACAGCAUUGUGUAUCUUGCCCCGGCAUCCUCGCCUGAAAGAUAAGGACAGUGGUAUUCUUUGGCCAGUUCUUGUCUUGUGGUUUUGUGCAGAGCCUGGUUUCCCCUUGUGUCCCGGAGCUUCCAGCUUAGAUAAAUGGAGGUAGUAUGGAAAGGUCCUAGCAACUAUCUCACAGAAGCAGUCUAGGAGUGUCUCCUAGCUAUUUUAGUCCGCCUGACAUGGAGGAUGGGUGGGGUCUGUCAGUGUUUUCAUGCAGGUUCUCAAGGGAAUUGUUUUUGGUUUCUUUGAAAUACGGGAUUGUUCCCUCAUGGGCCAGGGCCAGUAACAUUCCCAGCAACCAUUUUGGCAGUAAAGGGAACGAGGCAAUACAGCUGUGUGGAAGUGCCACCCUGAAGAAUGGAGCAGCUAGAUGGUUCUCAAGAUGUCUGCUGCCAGAGGACUGCAGUUUGUGGGGUUACUCUGGCCUAUCAUAAACUAAUGAUCCUUCUCCCCUGUGGAGGGAAGCAAACUGUACCCUGAAUUUCAUAACAGGACCCUGCAGGAAAUAGUCCCAAGUUUCUGUAGUCAUGUGCUUUAUUCUGUGCUCUGUGCCCUCACACUUGGUCUGAUCACAGGGCCAGCUAAGAAAAGAAUCACAAGGAGAAGGCCAGAAUGCUCUGAAGUGCAUGUAUAUGCUCUCCCUCUUCCUAAACUUGGAUCCAGCCCAAACCAAUGUACUGUUGGGAGUUAUCGUGCUACAGUCCCACCCGCCCAGACCAUAAGGCCGCUAUUGGGUGGUGUAGGGAUGACUGAAGCUUCCAUUCAGCCAUCUGUCAGGGAGAAGAGGGAGCAGCUGGGAAGAGCACACUGAACUCUUGGUGAUCUGCCAGGUUCUUCUAGGAUUUGGUGGCUCUAAAAUUUAUAAGUGAAGCCAUCUUGGAUGAGGCCUGGAGCACCCUGUAAAAAUCUGACUCUCCCCUAUUACUGCCAUUGCCACAUUUUUGGAAACACCUGCAGGCAGUUCCACUAACCACUGCCUAUCUUGAUAAAAGCCCGUCCAAGCUUACUGUAGUCUAGGAGUUGUGCAGCAGACGAUUUUCUUAGGCAGGGCAUGUCCUGUAGAAUAAACUGUAACUGAAAUGUAGAUGCUAAUUAAAAUGUGUUUUCCCACCCCUUCUUGGGGGAGUAAGCUGUGUAACGAAGCCCUCGACACAACAAGCAAAACAAAAGGUUAAGUGUUGCUCAGAACGGAUGGAUACCCCCCACGCACACCCACACGUCAGUAAAACUAGAACUGAAUGCAACAGAAUUUUGCAAGAAGGGUGUGUUUGAUCCUAUGGCUUUUCUACCAAAUGUAGGAAUGGUUCCCUCAUCGAGUCAUAGUUAUUAGUGCCUCUCUUGACUGGAAAUAAUCAUUGAUUAAAGGCAGUUGUAUUUGUCAAUUAUACCUCUAUUUGGUCUAGGGAAAAAGUUUCUAACCAAGUAUGAGGAUUUUCCUGGGAGCCAAUGUAGUCAGCUUCUUCCUGUUCCAGGGUCAUGUGAUCCCAUUUGCAAUCCUAAUUUGUUUUACAUACUAUAGUGACUUCGUAGUAGUUUAUAGGGAGACUCCACCACAGAUGGACCUUCAGGUGCAAACCAAAAGAAGCUUCCUGCCCAUGAUCUAGGCAAAGUCAUCAAGCACAUAACAAGACCUCGUGUGAGUAUGGAUUGAUUGUUAAGCUGUGAUCUCAAACCUCUAAACAGUGUUGGGUCUUGGGCAAAUGAGGUGGUUUCAUACUCAAAAUGAUUGGAAUCCUGAAUUUGGGGAAUGGAGCAGCUGUAAGAAUAUGAAAUAGCAGGUCCCUUCUGAGUGCAGACAAGAAUGACCAUUGUACAAUACUGUAUGCUGUAACCCUGAUAACUAUGCUGAUCCAAAUCUACGUCAAUGUUUGAUUUUGCUUAGGAACUUAGGUUAAAAUAACCUUUAUUUGUUGAUCAUGCCUGUAGGGGUAUUCCAGCAGUGGAAUUUUUUGAUUUAAAACUUUUGUUCUGGAGUAUCUGUUCCUUAACUUACUUACUUGAGGUCUUGCCGAAACUUCUUUUCCUUGCUCUAAUUUUUAAAUGAUGAUUUAAUUGUCAUGCAAUCAUUGUUACUUUUCAUUGUAAUUGGUGUAUAUCGAACUCUUCAGUAAAACGUUUGAAACUUA